UAUUUUUUUUUGUUUCUUUGUUACCACGCACUCCGCUUAUCAACGAGGCAGGACUCGGCGCGCGCGAGACACCAAGAAUCCCGCCCUCCCCUCGUGGCGCAUAUCUGAAACGGGAGGCGAACGUGUUGUUUCGCCGCGUCUAAGGUCGACGUAGUGUUCGCAUGGGCGUGCUGGUGCUCAGAGUCGCUGGACAAAGGCACCCUUACGUAGUUCAAGCAGUGCUCGCUUUCGGGAUACAAUACUUCGGCCACUGGAUGCGUUGAAGCCAAUUAUCCAAACUGCAGGCUUUCGAUGGCUUUUCAAGCAUCAGAGGCACGACAGGAUGGCCGGUACAGCAUACCGCGACACACAAAGGAGCCGCCUCGCUUCUCCGCCAGUCAGUACGCCAAGAACAACAGCCUUCAGAGAAAGCACAACAACGUGGUUUUAGAAUUUUGCCAGCCGGCAUUUCUUACCGAACCGCACGACACCAUGCAGAUCUUGGACAUCGGCUGUGGAACUGGGGACUUCACACGGGACUUCCUUUUACCACGAUGCCUGCCAUGCGGCAGGUUAGUCGGUAUCGACUCCAGCAUCCAAAUGAUCGAAUAUGCUAGGCGACAUUCGGCUCACGAGAAGAUUGAAUAUGAGCUGCUCGACAUAGGCGAUGACAUGACCGAGUUUAUCGGCCGUCGCGGCCACUUCGACAGAGUUUUCUCUUUUUACUGCCUUCAAUGGCUGAGGAACCAGGGCGCCGCACUGAAGAACGUCGCUGCACUGAUGAGACCAGGAGGACAGUGUCUUCUGGUGUUUCCAGCUUCACACCAACCUGGCGCCGUAUGGCGACUUCUGGCCGAAAUGGAUCACUGGGAAAAAUAUUCAGAGACAUUGUUGCGGUUCAUUUCGAAGAGCCAUUACAUGAAGAGCAAGACCGAACAGAUCCAGUACAUGUCGUCAUUGGUGCGGGAAGCCGGCCUCUGCCCCAACAUCCUUGUGCUGCCAAGGCUGGUGACAUUUGACGGAUGGUCUGAAGAGGACAUAAUCGCCAAUUAUCCCGGCUGCAGGCUUUCGAUGUCUUUUCAAGCAUCAGAGACCCGAGAGGAUGGCCGGUACUGCAUCCCGCGAGACACAAAGCAGGCGCCUCGCUUCUCCGCUAGUCAGUACGCGAAGAACAACAGCCUUCAGAGAAAGCACAACAACGUGGUUUUAGAAUUUUGCCAGCCGGCGUUCCUUACCGAACCGCACGCCACCAUGCAGAUCUUGGACAUCGGCUGUGGAACUGGGGACUACACGCGGGACUUCCUUUUACCGCGUUGCCUGCCGUGCGACAGGUUAGUCGGCAUCGACUCCAGCAUCCAAAUGAUCGAGUACGCUAAGCGACACUCGGCUCACGAGAAGAUCGAAUACGAGCUGCUCGACAUAGGCGACGACAUGACCGAGUUUAUCAGCCGUCGUGGCCACUUCGACAGAGUUUUCUCUUUUUACUGCCUUCACUGGGUGAGGAACCAGGGUGCCGCACUGAAGAACGUAGCUGCACUGAUGGCACCAGGAGGACAGUGUCUUCUGGUGAUUCCAGCUUCAAACCAACUUGCCGCUGUAUGGCGACUUCUGGCCGAGAUGGACCACUGGGUAAAAUAUUCGGAGACAUUGUUGCAGUUCAUUUCGAAGAGCCAUUACAUGAAGGACGAAAAGGAACAGAUCCAGUACAUGUCGUCACUUUUGCGCGAAGCUGGCCUCUGCCCCAACAUUUUUUGUGCUGCCAAGGCUGGUGACAUUCAACCUUUAAAGCUCGAGGCCUUCUACAAGAAAACCAGGAUGAUUUGGGUGAACUGGCCGAAGUUCAUGACGUUAAAUCAACCCGGAGCACACAAGUUCCAGAGUGCGCGGCUAAAGGUCCCCUUACCAGACUGCAGGCUUUCGAUGGCUUUUCAAGCAUCAGAGGCCCGAGAGGAUGGCCGGUACUGCAUCCCGCGAGGCACAAAGGAGGCGCCUCGCUUCUCCGCCAAUCAGUACGCCAAGAACAACAGCCUUCAGAGAAAGCACAACAACGUGGUUUUAGAAUUUUGCCAGCCGGCGUUCUUUACCAAACCGCACGCCACCAUGCAGAUCUUGGACAUCGGCUGCGGAACUGGGGACUACACGCGGGACUUCCUUUUACCGCGUUGCCUGCCGUGUGACAGGUUAGUCGGCAUCGACUCCAGCAUCCAAAUGAUCGAAUAUGCUAGGCGACAUUCGGCUCACGAGAAGAUUGAAUAUGAGCUGCUCGACAUAGGCGAUGACAUGACGGAGUUUAUCGGCCGUCGUGAUCACUUCGACAGAGUUUUCUCUUUUUACUGCCUUCAAUGGCUGAGGGACCAGGGUGCCGCACUGAAGAACGUAGCUGCACUGAUGAGACCAGGAGGAGAGUGUCUUCUGGUGUUUCCAGCUUCAAGCCAACCUGGCGCCGUAUGGCGACUUCUGGCCGAAAUGGAUCACUGGGAAAAAUAUUCAGAGACAUUGUUGCAGUUCAUUUCGAAGAGCCAUGACAUAAAGGACGAGAAGGAACAGAUGCAGUACAUGUCAUCGCUUUUGAGCGAAGCCGGCCUCUGCCCCAGCAUUCUUUUGCUGCCAAGGCUGGUGACAUUCGACGGAUGCUCUGAAGAGGACAUAAUCGGAGCGCAGAUGAGCCUCCUUCCUAUCAACCAUCUUGUUUCCAACACCGAGAGGGCCCAGCUGCUCGAAGAUGUCACGGCGCUGGUCCGCAAAGUGCACGGCCCUGAGACUGACCAAUCGAUAUUCAGGACGUAUAUCAUCAUGGCGUCCAAACAAAGGGGCUAAUGCCUGAUAAUUCAUCGCAUAACGCAUGCAUGUAUCUAACAAACUUAAUACUGUUCAGUUCUAUCACAAGAACCACGAUGAACGAGAUCUCACAGUGAAUGGAAUGUUCAGUGCUACUGAGACAGGAUUGGACAAUGCAUGCAGUUUAUUCUACUCACAUAGAAGUGCGAGAUUCUUCUUAUCUCGCUAGCAUUGAAGGACAUGCGUUCUUCCAUUGCCUGUUGUAUGUCUUAAAGUACUGGCAGCCUUCCCCCCUUGGUCUCUUCGAGUCCAGCAUUUUUAUUCGGUGCCGACUGUUGCACGCUACAAUGCAAUGCAAUUUUUUACUUUCUUUCAGCCAACACUAAUAAAGCAUUUUUUUUAAACGUG